CGAAAAAUUUAGAAGCAGAGAGAGAAAAAAGCGAAUUACAGAGGAGUUCUUCUGUCAUCUCUCUCUCAAAUGUCGACGAAACCCUAGUUAUCUCCGUCUCUCCAACUCACUUUCUGCGAACACACACAACACAUACACACACUGUCUCUCUCCAGUUACAUUUAUUUCCUAUUUUAGGGUUUUUUCAGCUUCAUAUACAUGUACAACUGAUAGAUUCAUAGAGAGAGAAAUGUACAGGGAUCGAGGGGGCGGUUCAUCGAAGUCGGAGAUCGUUGGUGGACCGUUGGAUCGGAAACGAAUUAACGAUGCGUUGGAUAAGCACUUGGAGAAAUCGACACCUUCCACAUCUAGAGCCUUCAAGGAUAAGGCUAUUCCCUCUACAUCCGCCGGUUCCGGUGCCGGAAAAUCGCAUCAGCAGCAUCUCGAUCAUCGCGCCACAAAAAACAAGUGUUCAGAUGAUGAAUCUGAAACAGACAGUGAAGAGUCUGAUGUUAGUGGUUCUGAUGGGGAAGAUACAUCAUGGAUUUCUUGGUUUUGUAACCUGCGUGGAAAUGAGUUCUUUUGUGAAGUUGAUGAUGAAUACAUUCAGGAUGAUUUUAAUCUCUGUGGAUUGAGCAGUCAAGUGCCGUAUUAUGACUAUGCACUUGACCUUAUCCUUGAUGUUGAAUCCUCUCAUGGUGAUAUGUUCACUGAGGAGCAGAAUGAAUUGGUUGAGUCGGCGGCAGAGAUGUUGUAUGGUUUGAUCCAUGUGCGGUACAUUUUGACUAGCAAGGGAAUGGCUGCAAUGUUAGAGAAGUACAAGAACUACGACUUUGGGAGAUGUCCACGAGUUUAUUGCUGUGGACAGCCUUGCCUUCCAGUUGGUCAGUCAGAUAUUCCAAGAUCAAGUACAGUAAAAAUAUACUGUCCCAAAUGUGAGGAUAUCUAUUACCCCCGAUCGAAGUACCAAGGCAAUAUCGAUGGAGCUUACUUUGGAACAACGUUUCCACACCUUUUUUUGAUGACGUACGGACACCUCAAGCCACAAAAACCAACACAGAAUUAUGUUCCGAGGGUAUUUGGUUUCAAACUCCACAAGACUUGACAGACAGUGAAGUCCGUUGUGAUAUUGUGAAGAUAUUACAUUUUUCUGCCACUAUCAGUUCUUCCCUGGCUGUGAAGUACAAUUCAUCAUGGUAGAACCCAGGUGAAACAGGAGUUCUAGAUAUGACAAACUUGAUUCAUUGAUCAAGAAGCAACUAUGGCCAAUCUGUCAAGUGAAAUUCUGUCUUCAAAAUUUCAUCAUGAAAUACAAGAGCAUCUGUAAGCUUGUUUCUUUUCUAGGUAGAGAAUUGCAUUUGUUCCUCAUGUAGUUCUUUGUUAUCUUUAUAUCCUUUUUCUCUUGGUGCUUCAGUGCUGAAUGCUACCAUUUACACCAGAGGCACUCAUCUGGAGGGCUAGGUUAGGGUACAUGAAGGUUUUCCUCCUUUCUGUAGGACCAUUUCCAGAUGUAAUGUUGCAUGAUGGUAGUAAAGGUUAUUCCAAUUUGAUAUAAUGACGAUAAAAAACAAAAUAUAAUGAUAGAUAAAUGUGAGGCACGAAGGUACAAUCCUUGAAUUUUGGUACCUGCACACUGUAAUUGCAUUUACAUUUGUAAUACUUGGUGGCUUAUUUGA